AACAAUAAAUGCAAAUAUUUUCAGUGAUUUUCAAAUUUUUACGAGAACUAAAGACAAUGUAUUUUCUCUUUAUUUUAUUUCUCACCUAUAAUUUAGAAACAAUUUAUUGUGGAAGUCCAGUGUCUUUCAUAUUUAGAAGACAAUUUGGAUUUGAUGCUGAUUCAAUUUUACUAAAAUGUGAUUCUAAUAAAGCAAAUGAUGUUUUAAACGAGAAAAAAAAAUUACUUAAACUACAAGAAAAUAUUAGUUCAACAAUAGAAAAGAAAAUAACAAAUGAUUCCUUACAGGAGGAUUUGAAUUUUUUAAUUAACCAUUUUUGUGACGUAAACCAAAAUAUUUCAUUUUUGUCACAAAAACUAAUAGAUAAUGUUGAAAUUUGUUUGAAAAAAAAAUUUGAUGAUAUAAAGAAGGAAGAAAUUGUUAGGGAAUUUGUUACAAACAUAUGUGCUGCAAUUUAUAACAAGUACAACUUAAUGUUAGUUCAAAACAUUAAAAAUUGAAACCAAUAAAUGAUGUUAAAAAAGAAUAUAAAAAAAACUUGUUUUAAUUUAAUUAUUCUACAAAAAAAAAUUUUGCAUACUUUUUAUUAAAAGAAAUUGUAAUUAAAAUAAUUUAAUUAAAUAAAUUAUUUUUUUGUAAAUCAUAUUAUUCAUUAAAAACAAUAUUCUUUAGCACGUUGAAUAAUUUUUUAUUUCCCUAAACCGGAGGUUGGAACUUAACUCGUAUUUUGGAGCAACUCCUGGAGUUUUGAAGCUACUAUUUGCUAAAUUUUAAUGGUCGCUUUAUGACUCCAGCAGUACUUGACAACAUCGGGACAUUUAAAAAAAAAAACAUAAAUUAAAAAAAAUUUAUAAAUCGUUUACGAACUGGAUAUUAAUAAUGGUAUUUACAAAUACAAUGACAUUUUUUUCAUAUUAUUUUAUUGAAGACAAAAUAUCAACAGAUUU